UGUCGUAGUGGUGAGCUGAUCUUUUCUGAAGAGGAGGUGUCUUCAUCAUCAACUGAGCGCUCCUCCUCGUGUAUCUUCAAAACCUGCUGGAAACGCACAGACACACACACGCACAGAGACAGAGACACACUCGUGAACCUGCCACCGAUAACCGAGCAAAGAUGUUCUGCAGACGGGCAUGGCAGAGAGUGGGGCCGCUGGCACGGAGGGCUUUCAAACCCACACCCAGAAAUGCGGCUCCAGUGCGACACAUGGCCUUUGGCGUUCCUGGUGGCUCUACCAACAUGACGUACUUCCUUCUGUGUGGAGGAGGCCUCACUGCUGCAGUCGUCUAUGCUUACAAGACGGUCAACGGUGACAGUGAGCGCUAUGAGGACAGAUUGGCCAACAUGGGCUCCCCAGCAAAGGCCUCUUCAGCACCAGAGGCAGCUGAACCCGCCCCAGUGGAGGAGGCAGCGCCGGCCAUCGAGGUCGUCUCCGAGUUGGUACCUGCUGAUGCAGUAGCAGAGACGGCUGCCGAACCAGUCGUCGAGGCCGUGUCUGAAGAAGCCUCUGAGGUGACCGUUAUCGAGGCUCAGGUGGAGCCAGCAGUCACAGAAGAAGCCGCUCCACCUGCAGCGAUAGAGGAAGCUGCUCCUGUCGCUCUGGAAGUCGUUGCCGCAGUGGAGACACCAGCAGAGGCCCCCGCAGCAGAGGCCCCCGCAGCAGAGGCCCCCGCAGCAGAGGCCCCCGCAGAAGAGGCCCCCUCAGCAGAGAGCGCUGGUACGGCUGCAGUAGAUGAGGUCCCUCCUGCUCCCCCCGCUGAGGCAGAGACUGAGCCUGCGGCCCCUGAGGCUGAGGCCGCCCCUGCUGCAGAGGUGGCUGCAUAGAGCUGCCAUGGCUCAAUGUAGUUUGGCCAGAAAGGAGGGCGAGGAGUUAGUUGUGCUGUGUCCCACCUCUCUUGGCCCAGGAAAAAAGGACUCAUGAACCCCUAUUUUAGUAAAGGAGCAUUAACAUUUAGUUUUCACUUCCUGUUGGUUAGUGAAUACCACUUUGGGGUUCAUCUGUCCGGUUUUCAGGUGCCUUUCUUCCCUUUACCUCACCCCAACCUUCAGAGCCAAACCAUAAGAUUUGGCAUUAGGCUGUCUGAACAGAUUCAGUUUGGAAAAUUCAGGGUUAGGGUUUCUAUAGAAAUGAUCUUCACCAGAGCAGAGCUAAUCCAAACGAUGGUUUGGCUGAUGUACAGUUAAUAGAGGAGUGUUGCAGUAGGUCAUAUAAGGGAUAGAACAGAGUUGAUAACUAAUGUUGUUCUCUGUAAAUUAAUAUUUGAAGUGCCCUUAGAAACAGGACAUGGUCCUGCAUCUUGUUCCUUUACUUUACUCUAAAGAUGUCAGCAGGGUGGAUGGAUGCAGUCCAUUUAAGAAACUGUUUUGUUUCUUUUGACAUCCUUUGCACUUGGUCUUCCUCUGCUCAGCAAAUUCCUACUUCCAGCUAUGUCCUCGUGAAUCUUUGCCUAGGUUAUGAUUAUAAUGAAAACAGUACUGAGAUGAAACAUGAAGUCAGUCUGCUUCAUUCAGAUUUAACUUUCACUGUGAAAAGUGACCAAAAACCAGCUAGUGUUUCUUUUCUAGUCUGCAGCUCUCGUCUGGUCUUGAUAAAAUCUUUUUUUUUUUUUUUUUUUCAGAGUGAGACAAAGUUAAAAUGGGAUUUUCUUCCUCCCUCAUUUUCAGAAUUUUACUUUGUCUUUUUGUCCCAAUACAUUCACAUACUUUUAUUUCCAUUAUGACCUUAUUAGUUAUCUAUCUGCAGCUACACCAGCCUGCACCUACUUCAUAUAACUCACCCAUGUGUCUACAUCAUGACAAUAUUUUUUCCAGCCUUUUCUCAGAAAGCCAUUUUUCUUCAGUGUUUUAAAGACACUUCUGCUCCAUCUUGUCUCUUUAACUGUGAAGCUAAACUUUCAGGGAACACUACAGAAAAGGAAAUUGAUCACUUCUACGUCUGAACAUUGAAAGUUGUCAUUAUGAUUAAUACAGUUACUGGAUGAUAAGUGAGUUUGAAGUGUUUCAAUAAAGACAAAGUUACUCUUU